AAAAAUAGGGAGUACCAAUAUGGCGGCUGGUGGCUUCACAGCGAUGUGUAUUAUAUACGGCCAAUGCGCAAUCCAGUGAAUAAAUAGAGAUCAGUGGUUCUACUCCACCCCCUUUGGCCAUUUUUGUAGUAAGCUGGUGGACGGUGUAAUUAUUUGUGUGGGUUAAUACACCCGACAAUUGAACAUUUUCACUUAUCCUCUUGCAGCUUUGGCAUCCUUGAGCUUGGACUACAAGCAAUUAAAAUGCCGGAUUUGCAAAUCGGUUAGCCGGAAGCAGUUCUGCAGCAAACACUAUGGCGUAAUUGUUCGGAUGCGGCAUUUAAAGGAGUCCGGCCUAAAAAACUCAAAUUUCCCCAGGUUUUGGUUUCAGACAUGUUGACGGGAGGAGACACGGUGACAUUCGGCCCAAUCAGGACACAUUUUAGGAACAAUCUAUUGGAAAAACUCAAAUUAAUCUUUAAUUAACUGGAGACGUUUUUCACUCCACCAUGACCCUUCCUCUGCUCAUGGUCACGGUUCUGGCUUAGAGCUGACAUGACAUGGAGUCCCAUAAAGAAGGUCCCUGGUUUGAAUCCAGAACUGUGGUAUUUCCGCAUGGAGUUACGAGGUUCCUCCCUAUGUAAUUUCUUUCUGGGUACUAACAGGUAAACUGUGUUGUGCCCUUGGGUAGGAGCGUUUGUGUGCAUAGUUUGCUGUUCUGUGUCGCCCUGUGACCCACUGGCAACCUGUCCAAGAUGGAAGGUGCAGCCUGCCUGUCGCCCCAACAGAAAUUGAUGAUGAAGGGAUUUUUGGCAGUUAGAUUUUGUUAUCAUAUAGUCAUUAAAAUAGGAGAGGAAUGUUUAUGAUCUUCAUUGAAUAAUUCAUUGUUCAUUGUUUUUACUUUUAUCGUACAAAUUACCUGAUAACUAGGAUUGGGCUAAGCGAAAACUGUUUGAAAAUACUAUAGUAUUGCACAAUUACAUAAGCAAAGACACAGUGUUACUCUCCUGAUUAAGACAGAUUAGGGAGGAAUUUAAUCUUAAAUGCCUUCUUAAACGGAAAUGACAUCAACAAAUAUUUUGUCAGCUACUUUUAGAUUUCUAAUCUAUAAUUCUUAAUGCAACGGCACCAUUUAAAACAAUGUCCCAAAUCGAAGGGAAUUACAAUUUGCUGAAUUACUGAUGGGUCGAUGAGGAUAGCUGAGAAUAUCAUGAUCCAGACUAGUAGUGUGGGACACUUUACUCCCUCCUGGACAAGUUUUCUAGUUUUUCCUUAUAGUCUAUAAAACAAAUAAAUAGUUUAAAUGUCAGUUGAGUCUUUUAAUGUCAUAAUAAAGGUGUGUAAUAAAUGAUUUUACAUACCAACGUCAGGUUUUACCAUGCUUGGUUUGCUUUCAGUGACCUCCGUCUACAGAUAGGUCUAAAGUGUGAUGUAACUCGUGAAUUACUUGAGAUUGUUUAUUCCUUUGAACGUUGACAGAGAGCCUAAUGGCUUAUAACCCAGUUGUAUUCUGAACGUCCGCUCAACAGGGAUGCUCUUACAUAAUUAUUAUCUAACUAUUACCUGAGUCUUCAAGGCCAGGCACCGCCCACUGCCUGAACCUGAGCCAAUUAUUUGGCGUCGAGCACCAUAAAAACCGAGGUGUGGAAGAACAGCAGUGAGCAGAGAUCACUCCUUCAUCUCCACAGCUUCACCCACACGCCAGCAUGGAUAAUCCAGGUUAGUGUUUUUCACUAAUGAUACGAGUAUUGUUAUUAUUGAAAUUAAACAGAAGUUGUGCAGCAUUGGUUGAAAAUAUAUAUUUUUUUAUUUUUAGAAUUGGUUUUUACAAAUUAAUUAGCGGGCAAAUUGUAUCUAAAUUUGUUUUGUUACAAAUAUACAGUAAACGUUAGAUUUGGGGAGCCCUAAGUGUGGCCCGGGGGCCAUUUGCAGCAUUUUUAAGGGAUUUUGAGCGGCCCACUAUUCAGAAUUUGCACAAAUUCAACCCAUCAACAUUUGUUAUGACAAAUUAAACUCUUCUUAAAAUGGAAAAUGUUAGAUACAACGUAAAGCAUGUGGUUUUUCUUGCUACUUGCACUGGUUUCACAGUGACUACAAACACGAGUAUUCUGGGACUUUCAACCAUUCAUUAAAUCUGGCUAAAUGCACCAAGUGUUUUUGAACAAUGACCCAUUUAAAAAUCUGCUGUUGUUUUUUUUAAAUAUGUUUGCUUUUCUUCAUGUCAUUGAAACUGUAGUCACCUACGAGGAACUGAAGGCUCUUCUGGCCAAGAGCAAAGAUCUGAUUCUCAUUGACGUCCGUGAGAAGGAUGAGGUGGACAAAGGGUGUAUCCCCAGAUCCGUUCACAUUGCCCUUGGCACCGUCGAGGAGGCUUUCAAAAUGGGCCCAGAAGACUUCCAGGCCAGAUAUGGGAUACCCAAACCUGCGCUGGAUGCACCUGAGCUGGUGUUUUACUGCCGAUCAGGAAGGCGAUCAGCACAGGCCCUAAGCAAAGUCAGAGAACUCGGAUAUGUGACAGCUCGUAACUACGCCGGCUCCUACCUUGACUGGUCGAGCAGGGAGGGAUAAAGAUUCAUGUUGAAGAGGAACCUCUCACUCUGCACUAUAUUUAUAUAAUUAUGUCACCUGUAAAAAUGUUCACAGAAGAAAUGUCUAUAUAUACUUUGAGUUUCUUGGUUCUCAUAGAACACGGCCUCUGAAUUGUAUUUGUGUGAAUAAAUAGCAUGCAAAUAAAAAAAAAACUUGUUUAUU